AUGCCUCAAGUCCGACUCUACAAACAUUACUUCCCGGUUAUUCUCUGGUCCAAAAUCCUCGGAAUUUCACCAAUCAGCUACAAAGGCAGCCGUAUAACCUAUUCGAAAAUUGGAACUGUCCAAACAAUAACCUACUUUGUCAUUUUCAUAAUUUUGACUAUCGCUUUUUUCGAGGAACGGUCAUCUUUGACCACCCCAAUCGAAUUGAUCGACAUUCGUACAAUUAGAUUCGUUGCGACGUUUCGAACAGUGGCCAACAUCACCCUCAUGGCGGUACUAUUUCUGGGUACUUACAUGAGACGUGAGAAAUUUCUCACAAGUUUGAAACAAAUUCAAAAUUUGGAACCCGAGUUUCAUAAAUUGAACCAAAUUGGCACUAUUACACGCAACAAUAGACAAACACGAAGAAUGGUGGUGCUUCUGAUUGUUCUCUCGAUGAGUUUUAAUUUUUUCGGCGAUUUUCUCACAUUUUUCAUGAAAGAAAAACUGGACUUGCUUUGGAGGGAAUUUUGUACUUUUGUAGUAAUUGUAUACCCUCGUCUAGUUGUAAAUAAUAUAAAUUUGGGAUUUUUGACACUUUUGAUGAUUCUCGAAGGUCGAUUUAAGGUUAUUAACGACGUACUCAAGUCCCUUAUUAAUGACUCUCGGAAAAUGAACAAAUUUCCGGUAGAAUUGAAUUUUUGUGACAAAAUCAAACAUUUGGUCAAUCUUCACAAAUCUUUGGUGAAAGUCGCCAAAGAUCACAAUUCGCUUUAUUCCUUGCAUCUUUUACUUUGGAUUACAGUGACUUUUAUUCUUCUAGUUGGUGAUUCUUAUAUUGUCAUGUAUAUACUUUUUUUCCACUUAUCUGACGUUCGAUAUAUUCUGAUUCUGUAUUUGGUGAAAAAUGUGGUCAUGUAUGGUAUAGAAUUGUUUGUUUUGGCAAAAAUUGUAACCAACUUAUGUCAAGAAGCGAAUAAUACCAAAAAACUGAUUGUAAAAAUAAAAAUUGACAUUGAUAAGGAAAAUGAAAGGAAUGAGCUCAUUUCGAGUGCAUUGAAAUUGAGUCAGAGUGAUUUAGAAAUAACAGCUUGCAAGUUUUUCAGUAUUGAUAACGCCUUAUUAUUUUCGAUUUGUGGUGCUUCUUCGUCUUAUCUCUUCAUAAUGAUUCAAUUGGAUCUUGGGAAUAAGAAAAAUGAAAACGGAACAAUUUUGAUGGAUUUCAAUAACUUGACUUUUAAUCAAAGUGGUUUCUUCUAA